CAUGACUGAACUACGUCAUAACUAGUGACUUUUCUUCACGAAUCCGGAGCGAACCUCACCGGGCGAUUACGCUAUCCGAAAUCCCAAGCAUUUCCGACCGCGGCAGUAGGUGGAAAACUAAGCCGCUAACCCCAGAAAAGGUGAUGAUAAUGGGUCUCUACUCUUCUGCAUCCGACGGGCAAAUUAAAGCUCCGGGCCGAGUAUAGUUUCGUGCAUUACACGCCUUUGUUUAAACUCACAGCUCUCUUCGCUUCAUUUACCCAGUAGUUUUUCACCACUCUUACAGAGACCAGGAUGCUUUCCAUCAACAUUCCAAAGCAUACUACGCCCGAUCAGUAUGAAUUAGGCGAAGUUCCCUCCCUUACUGUGGAACACCCGACCGACAUCUUAAUCAAAGUCCAUGCCGCGAGUAUCAACCCGAUCGACGUCAAGAAAGCGGCAGGAGCAACCAAAGCUGUUCUUAAGGACAGCUUUCCCUACAAAAUCGGCUAUGAUUGCGCCGGCACAGUCCUGAAGACUGGAUCCCAGGUAAAGCGUUUCAAAGCUGGUGAUGAAGUUUUUGUUCGAUUGCCAGAAUGUCAUAGGGGAUCUUGGAGUGAGCUGGCGAGAUCAACAGAAGACUUUGUUGCAUUGAAACCGAACACUAUCUCAAUGGAAGAAGCCGCCUCUAUUCCUUUGGCGUGUAUGACGGCACUGCAGGCGCUUCGGGGUUACGAAGGGACUCUUGAAGGCAAAACUGUCUUCAUACCUGCUGGUCUGGGUGGAACUGGUAUAUUCGCAUGCCAGCUAGCGAAGAAUAUUUUCAGAGCUGGCAAAGUAAUCACCACGGUCUCUACCAGCAAGGUGUCCCAGGUCAACAAGCUCUUGGGUGAAGGGAUUGUUGAUGAGAUCAUUGACUACAAAAAGUCAGAUCCCAUGAAUGUAAUUCCUCCGCGAUCUGUUGAUUUCAUUUUUGACACCACAGGGAGUGCGAUGGAGUAUCUAUCAUUGGUGCGCCCAAAGGGAGCCAUCGUUACGGUUUCCAUACUCACCUCUGGGGAUGUGCUCCAAAACUCUAGCGUUAUGCGACGGUCGCCAGACAAGCAAGACAAGGCAAUCGUGCCAUUCCCUAUCCGUAUUGCCCUAAAUGUGAUGGAUCGGAUCCGAAGGGCGCGUGCAUCUCGCUACGGGGUCAAGUAUUCAUCUAUCUUCUUGGAACCCAACGCGGCCGAUUUAAAUUCUAUCAGAGAAUGGGUGGAAACAGGAAUGGUGAAAACGAUUGUGGGAACAAAAGCCCACUUCAAGAACAUUGAAGCGGUCCGAAAUUCAUGUCAAGUGGUAUAUGAUGGGAAAGGGGGUAUUGGAAAAUCCGUGAUUGUGUUCGUCUGAGAUAUUUUUGGACUCAUUGAGGCAUGGAACCUCCCUUACCUAAUCUUCCUUGUGUUAUAGUCCCCUAUUAAUGCUUCUUUUCUUUUUCUUGCCUCCUUCAUUUAUACAGGUGUAUGUUGUGAGCUCGACCGGCCGAGGGUUUACUGGAUUUCCCUUCGGCUUGAAUGGUGAACGGACUAUCAUGGAUAAGAAUGAUA